GCCUGUGUGAAGAGGACACACAGGCACAGAACUUUCCUGGGCCUGGGGCCCACUGACCACGUGGGUGCUCCCAAGCUGUCUGGCGUGAGGUGCGGGGGUGGGUCCCCACAGCCAGAGGGGUCCUCUGAGUGACUGGGAGCAGCCGCAGCCAGGCGUGUGUCCUUGGAGUCGUCCGUGUGUCCGGCUGCCGCCACUGGAGACCCCAGCCUGAUGGAUGUCUGGUGUGGAUAAUGAGGGAAGAACGUGCCUUUUACACCCAAGAGGUGACCCCGGAGCGUGCCCCGGAUGAUCCCACGACUUGGAACGAUGCGGCUAGCCUGCAUGUUCUCGUCCAUCCUGCUGUUUGGAGCUGCGGGCCUGCUCCUCUUCAUCAGCCUCCAGGACCCUAUAGAGCUCAGCCCCCAGCAAAUUCCAGGUAUAAAGUUCAGCAUCAGGCCCCAGCAGCCCCAGCAUGAUAGCCACUUGAGGAUAUCCACAGAAAAGGUCACACGAGAUUCACCCAGCGGGUCGCCAAGAGGCCUUCAGCUGCAAGCGCCUGACCAGCCUCGACCUCACCGGAAGGCAGCGGGAUCUCCUUUGCGCCUCCGGCAGCGCAGGCGGAGACUGCUCAUCAAAAAGAUGCCAGCUGCAGGGACCAACCGAGGCAACAACUCGUCCGAAACCUUUAUCCAGCCGAGACCCCGCACCAUGGACAGUCGUUGGGUCAGCCUGCACCAGACCCAACAGGAGCGCAAGCGUGUGAUGCGAGAAGCCUGCGCUAAAUACAGGGCCAGCAGCAGCCGCAGAGCUGUCACUCCCCGCCACGUCUCCCGCAUCUUCGUGGAGGACCGCCACCGUGUACUGUACUGUGAAGUACCCAAGGCAGGCUGCUCCAACUGGAAGAGGGUGCUCAUGGUGCUGGCAGGGUUAGCUUCAUCCACGGCAGAUAUCCAACACAACACCGUCCACUAUGGCAGCGCCCUUAAGCGCCUGGAUACUUUUGACCGGCAGGGCAUAGUGCACCGCCUCAGUACCUACACCAAGAUGCUCUUUGUCCGGGAACCCUUUGAGCGACUGGUCUCCGCUUUCCGAGACAAGUUUGAGCAUCCUAACAGCUACUAUCAUCCUGUCUUUGGCAAGGCUAUCCUAGCCCGGUACCGUGCCAACGCCUCGCGGGAGGCACUGCGGACUGGCUCCGGUGUGCAGUUCCCCGAGUUCGUCCAGUACCUGUUGGAUGUCCACCGGCCCGUGGGCAUGGACAUCCACUGGGACCAUGUUAGCCGGCUGUGCAGCCCCUGCCUCAUCGACUAUGACUUUGUGGGCAAGUUCGAGAGCAUGGAAGACGAUGCCAACUUCUUCCUGCGUCUCAUCCAUGCGCCUGGGAACCUGACUUUCCCGAGGUUCAAGGACAGGCACUCCGAGGAGGCUCGGACCACAUCGAGAAUCACCCAUCAGUACUUCGCUCAGCUCUCCUCACUGCAGCGACAGCGAACCUACGACUUCUACUACAUGGAUUACCUGAUGUUCAACUACUCUAAACCUUUCUCGGACUUGUACUGAGGGCGGGGCCUGCUGGUCAGGGGCGGGGUCUGCCGGUCAUGCCCACUCACCUGCGCAUAGGCGGCCUCCCGGGGACUGAGCUCUGAGGAUGUGAGGCCUUGUGGCUGUGGCUCCAGGGUGGGCCACAGAGGCCCAGACAAUGGACCUUGACCCUUGUCCCACACCCAUUUCCUCACUGGGUUGGCUGAGUUUGAGACGGACGGAGCACGACUCGGAUGGAUGCUUUAAGAACUCAGCUGAGCUAUGCUGAGCUAUGCUGUCCAGGGAAGCCUGAGACCCAGAAGAGGGCCCCAGCGUCGAGGGAUGUCCUACAUCCCCUUAUCCUUUGCCUUGUACCAAACCACGUGGUUUGCUGCUUUUCUAUGACCCAGGGUCAUCUGAAUAAAGCACAUGGUUUUCAGAGCAGUGGUGUCUACUCCAGGCCGUGCUGUGAGCUCAUAGGCACCCUGCCCUAUGCCUUGGGGAGUCUUAGAAAAAAAUUUAAAAGAUAUAUUUUACUAUUAAUAAUACGUGAAUAUGUGCACAUGAGUGCAGGUGUCUGGGAAGGCUGGAUGGGGUCAGAUCCCCCCCCCCCAAAGCUGGAGUGACAGGCAGCUGUCAACCUCCCUGUAGGAGCUGAACUGCUAGAGCAAUCUGAGCUCUUAACCACUGAGCCUGCUUUUGUUUUUG